AUGGUUACACUUGAAUCAUGGAUGCUCUGUGCCAGUAUGCUGUCGGUACCCACAAGGAAAGGAGAGUGGGAGCAAAUUGCAGAGGAUUUCGAGAAGAAGUGGAACUGUUAUAACACUAUAGGAGCAAUGGACGGAAAGCACAUUCGUAUUAAAUGUCCACAAGCUAGUGGAUCUCACUUUUUCAAUUAUAAAUCCUUCAACAGUAUCAUUUUAUUUGCCAUGGUAGAUGCUUCCUACAAAUUUUUGUAUGUAGAUGUAGGAACUAAUGGGCGUGUUGGUGAUGCUGGAGUGUUUUCAAAAAGCAAACUACGUGAGUGUCUCAUUGACCGAUCUAUGCUCAACAUUCCUGAAGGCAGGAAGCUUGGGAACACAAAUAUUACAACUCCAAUGGUAGUACUGGCAGAUGAUGCUUUUCCUCUGAGUUAUAACAUUAUGAAGCCAUACCCCUUAAAAGGAAUCACAAAAGAAGAAAAGGUUUUCAAUUACCGACUGUCACGAGGGAGAAGAUUAGUGGAGAGCAGCUUUGGCAUUCUUGCAAGUCGUUUCAGGAUUUUUCUUACUACCAUUAAUCUGCCUCCAGAAAAAGUUACCACAAUAACACUGGCUGCCUGCACAUUGCACAACUUGUUAACUGAGAGAAGAAAACACUUGUACACACGUCAGGAAACAGUGUCUGCCGUAGUAGGAGAUUGCACUUAUCUUGAGACACAAAGCACUGAGGACCUACGGCGAAUGGAACCAACAGCUUGCCAAGCUGCUUCUGGACGUACAGUACACGGGAGAGCUGUUAGGGAAUACUUUCAGACAUUUUACAAUGGCGCUGGGAAAGUGCCCUGGCAAGAUAAUCACAUUUAGUAACGUAAACUGUAAACAAAUGUACAUACCGCACACAUUUCCUCAAACGUCGGUGUGGCACGUUCACUUCCAGUUUCACUUUCCGUGCUCUCCAAAUUGCACAUACUCUCGUCGGCCUCUGUUGACUGGUCUAGAAAUUUCAGCAUUUGAAACCAGU